GCAGAAGGUUGGACUAGAGACCUUUAGAGGUCCCUUACAACCUGAACUGUUCUAAGAUUCUAUAUGCAUGGUACAUGUUGUACAAUACAGCUGCUAUGGGAUGGCUUUGCUAUACCCUCUUUUCAGAGCUGUUCUGCCCUUUAGCACCUAGGCCACUCCUGGUCAGUGGAUUAAUCUGAAACCUGCAAUAAUUACAACCAUUAAAACAGAUUUUCAACAAAAUUUUUCCACCUGCUGUUCACUAAUCCUUGUGAUUCUGAAGACUAUUUUAAAGGGCUCAUAAAAUUUUGAGAAAAGCAAGGCUGCCAAAAAACUUAAAUUAUAAAAAGGAAUGGAUUUUUACCGAAAUACAUUUGGGAUCUGUAAAGCAAAAAUGGCAAAAAAACUGCCAAUGUUAAGUACUUCCAGAUAAGAGUUCAUCAUUCAGAUCUGAGGAUGAUUAAAAAUUUUUGCACAUGCUUCUACUGCACAGAGCAUUGCUACUCCUGUAGUAUUUAUAUACAUGCAAAAAGCCUACAUAAAUCUUUAAGGAACAGAGAAACAAUAUUUAAGUGCCUUGCAUAUCAUGUAAAAUAACGGGAUUUUAUUCCUGCAUCUAAGAGUGAGACUUUUUCAGCUUCUCUUGGCUUUCUUAUAUUUCAGUGACAUAAUGGAUCUUGGAAGCAGAGGAAGAAUCCACUGCACCAUGAGACUCACCUGCUCUCUCUUACUCAUGGCAGUGUUCUGUGUGACACCUUUUCUCUGCCAUAGUCAAAUUGAUCCACUGGCCCUUGGGCGGGCAGACCCCCAGUGCUGGGAAUCCUCCUCGGCUGUUUUACUGGAGAUGAGGAAGCCUCACAUUUCUGACUCUGUUAGUGGCUUUUGGGACUUCAUGAUCUUUCUGAAAUCCUCAGAGAACCUGAAACAUGGGGCUUUGUUCUGGGACCUGGCUCAGCUCUUCUGGGAUAUCUAUGUGGACUGUGUGCUCUCCAGAACCCAUGGGCUGGGGAGAAGGCAGCUGUCAGAAGCUGCCAGAAGCCAGAAGAUGGCUACUCUACCUUCUCAGUUCAUAGGGAGAAACCAAGGAACAUUUUCUCAUAUUCAGAGGUCACCAGUUCUGAAGAACAAAGAGUCAAUUGAAGAUUUAAUAAGUAUCCAUAUACAUAAGAGUAGAUCUAUAUUACUUGGAAGAAUCAUUGGAGAGCUAGGAAAAAAGAGGAAAUUACACAUUUAGUCUAAGUUUUUGAUUUGUAGAUAAUUUUUAACUAUUUCUCUUUAUGUUUUGUAUUUUAAUUCCCAUUGAUGUCAAUUUAUGUGGUGGAAGAACACAUGAACCUCAAGCACUACAUCUCUGAUUAACUUGGACUUAUGGGUUUUCUUAAUCACCUAUGAAUUAAGUCGCCUUACUAAACUGCAUGAUUUAAAAGCAGUUGUUUGCUUUAAUCUGUGUGUAUAUCAGGCUUUUUGUAAUACAUGUGAUUUGUUCAAACUAUUGUCUUUUGGGUGCCAAACCAGGAAAUAACUGAUCCUUCAAUAAAACAUAGAUGAGAAGAGAAGGAAGUUGUCAAAAACCCUCCACUGGCUCCAAGACAGGAUUAGAGAAGAGAUGGUGAUGUUUGCUUGUAUGCAGAGCUGUACACUUGUUCAGAGCAGCCCCUGCUCAGAGACAUCAUCCUACUAAAGAAAAAUGGUACAUAUUUCUACAUGAAAGGUACCUUCCAAGAGUGUUUUCAGCUUUCCAGUAAAAGGGUUAACAGAUUUUACCAGGUCCUCUGCUUUCACACUUACAAUGUUUAAUCACAAAAAUUCUCAUACAUAACUUGCAUUUACUUCUUUUUUAGUUCACAAGUUCUUUGUAGAAAGAUCAGUUUUUUCUGACUCUUAUUGAUAACUGUA